ACCGACCGGUUGGACACCAAACGCGAGUGUCAUCGACUGGACCGAGAGUUUGACCAAAUCAUGGCUGAAUACAAUCAAUACAAACCCAAUAUCGAUACCCAAUUGGAUCCCAAUUCCGAUGUGUUGCCAUCAGGAAGUGGUUCGAUGGCCAUAAAGCCGUGGUAUUCAUGCGAUUACACGGACUGUCAGUUUAGGACUCAAUACACUCGGAGUUUAAACCGACACAAGCAAUGCGUUCACCUCAACCUCACAUGCAAUCAAUGCCACAAAGUCUUCGCCGAUGUCUCACUCGUCGAGCUUCACAUCAAGAGUUGUCAUAUAAGUAACAGUAUUACCGGUAAUGCGAAGCCUUUGAUCCGCUGUAAGGUCGGUGACUGCGACUACCAGUCCAUCAGUGGUAAUGACAUUAAAAGGCAUAAGGAGUCCAUGCAUUCAAUGCGAUCCGAUUUAAGCUCCAAAUUCAAACUAAAGUGUCAUAAAUGCGGAAAAGCAUUCGCAUCGAUGGUAUCCCUGAGGACUCACAUGAAUGUGGAACACAUCCAGUCAAACCUGAUAACACGAAAUCAGUUGAAUCGCUAUGAAUGCUAUUACCCUAACUGUGAAUAUACUCACAAGUUGUGGUCAUAUAUCACUCGACAUAUUAAUAACCACUUGAGCCGUAAGCUAAAGCGUCUCAAGAGCUAUAUAUUCGAGUGCGAGAUAUGCGGACAAACUUAUAUGCAUCUCAAGUCAAUGCGCCGACACUUCGAGUCCGUUCAUACCUUAUAUGAGAAGCAAUACUAUAAGUGCGGUUUGAUUGGCUGCCCAUUCAAAACGGAUGUGUUGGUGCAAAUGUUUAGCCACAACAGUCAACACGAACCGCACACAACAGAUACCAUUACCUUCAACUCUGUACCAGAUGAUAGGGAGACCACCGCUGAGCUCAUUGAUAGCACGAUUGCCAACGGACUCCAUGGUAGUGAUGAUGUGCUCUCUAUGGAAAUGAUUGACUCCUAUUCCGGACGAAUGGUGUCUGAGGAGUUGGCGAUUCCCAUGAAUCCCGUGGCUAACCAACGGUCCACUGAUAAGCCAAUUGAUUCAGUCAUUGAAGUGAUUGAAAGCGAGAGUCUAAGCACUCGACCCAACGCUAGCAACGGAGACAAUGAUUUUGUUUUUGGCAGUAAUCUAUUGAACCAAAAGAAUGUCACAAAAUCUAAUGAAAUGUCAGCAAUAAAUGGCGAUUCAAUUGGCUCUGUAUUGAGGUCUGUAUUGUCCAAAAAGAGUGACCACAACACUAGUCAUUACAGAAGUUAUUGCAAUAAGUGUAACGUUAUGUUGGCCUCCGAGACGGCCUACAACAACCAUAUGAUGAGACGGCACUCAACCCAUAGGUGUUUGCAGUGUUCGCUCGUAUUUGAAGAUUUUGAACAACUGAUGCAACACUCGCAGAAUGAGUGCUCACAGAUCUCCCGCAUCUAUAUAUGCGAACAAUACAACUGUUUCUUUGAAUGCACUGACAGUCUAGUGUUUGAUGACCACAAACGCACACAUUUGACUACUUGUCGUGAUAACAGUAAUGAUAUUGCGGUUAAAACUGAACCAAUAGAUAGUGACAAAUGUGAUGAUAUCUGCGGUGAAGAGCAAGGGACGGAUCUGUUGUCUAAAAUUGAUGUGAAGACAGAGAGCGCAGAUGUGGACAAUAGUAGCGAUAAAUUGGUAGAAAAUGCAAAUGUCAUUCUCAAGCACUCGUAUACCAAACGAAAACGUUUACCGACUGGACGGCGACGGGCCCGGGGG